AGUCAUUCCGGCUCAUGAGUUCUGCAGGUGUUCACUAACUUUGUUGGAGUUAAAGACUUUAAUAACUCCUUCUGGUGUCUCAAACAUCCCAUCGUGUGUUUGGACUGACCAGUUAAAGGGGUGUAAAUAAGACAGCGUUUGUUUUGCGUAUAUAAACACGUUAUUAUCCUCGGACCCGGGUCGAACUGAAACUAACUCCUGAGGCUAGCGUUAGCCGCUAGCAGCUAGCUGGGCUAACGUCCCCAUGGCGCCGCUCCGGGUCCUGUGUGUUCACGGUUACCGGCAGAACGGAGGCUCGUUCCGGGACAAGACCGGAGCUCUGCGGAAGCUGCUGAAGAAACAGGUGGAGCUGAUUUACAUGACGGCACCGCUAAAAGUGGAGCCCGACAGACACGGAGAAGUUGCAGUCAAGGAGAAUGAUUCAGCUCCUGGACCUAGAGGUGACGAGGACUCCAGGGGCUGGUGGUUUUCUGACACUCAGGCUCGGAGCUUCAGCGCUCAGCAGCAGUGUGAGGAAAGCCUGGGGCUUGAAGACAGCGUGGCAUCCGUGAGAGAAGCUGUGAAGGCCCAGGGUCCGUUUGACGGCAUCCUGGGCUUCAGUCAGGGAGCUGCUUUCGUGGCCAUGCUGUGCUCUCUUCAGGAGCAAAAAGUGGAGCCAGAGUUCAACUUCCACUUUGCCAUCCUCGUCGCCGGUUUCCGCAGCGCGUGUAAGGAACAUCAAAAAUUCUACAGCGCUCCCCUCCAGAUGCCCUCGCUGCAUGUGUUCGGACAGGAGGACAGAGUCAUCCCCGACAGCAUGAGCAGGGAGCUCCUCCCCUCCUUCCAAGACCCUCAGGUCCUCAUACAUCCUGGUGGCCAUUUUGUUCCUGCUGCAUCUGCCCACAGGCAAACAUACCAGGACUUCCUCAAGAGGUUCCAAUGAGAAAUGAAAGCCGCAGAAACCCAAUCAGAAGCUGGAUAAGUGAAGAACUACAACAGCAGAUGACUCGAGCACUUAAAUAUGGCCAGAGAAUGUUGAUUAUUUAAUUUUCAAGAACAUCUUGUGAGGACAUAAUUGAUUCCAGAGGCAUGUUGGGAAAAAUUCCAAGUUCGGAGUCGUGACCUUUGCGCUCUGGAUGCAUUUGUUUUUCCUCCUCUGAUGUGAUCCAUUGGAAACAACUUGAGGACUGCCGUCCUUCUCAGGGAAAAUACCUUACAACAAACAAUAAACGAGAUGACAACUGUUUAUUUAAAGCA